UUGCAGAAAAUGAGUGAAUUCCACCCUGACCUCAGCCCACUCAAGGAGCCCCUGGGUUUCAUCAAGGUUAUUGAGUGGUUCUUUUCUAUGUUUGCAUUUGCUGCAUGUGGAGGCUAUAAAGGUGCAACAACAAUACUAGUGUCCUGUGUAGGACUUGUCAACAGAACGGCAACAGCUACUUUUGCCUAUCCUUUCAGGUUGAACAAAGUUAUAUUUAGUUCACCAGAUCCUACCCGCUGCAAUGGCACUUGGGCUGAUUUCCACCUCGUGGGCAAUUUCUCUACCUCUGCACAGUUCUUUGUGACAUGGGCGGUCUUGAUAUUCUUGUACUGCAUGGCUGCCCUUCUGCUGUACCUUGGUUAUAUGCACAUAUAUCGGAGCGGGGGCAUUCUGCCAAUUAUAGAUUAUCUCUUCAGUCUCGCGGCUGUCUUCAUGUGGCUGGUCAGUACUGCUGCCUGGGGAAAGGCCCUUGCUGACAUCAAAAUUUCAACGGGUCCUCGUAUCAUAGAAGAAAUCGUUGCUUGCAAACUACCAGGUUCCUCCUGUGUAUUUGGUUCUGUUAGCACUAUGGGAAGCCUGAAUGUCUCUGUGGUUUUUGGAUUGCUAAAUGUUAUUAUGUGGGGAGGAAAUGCUUGGUUUGUUUACAAGGAGACAACUUUCCAUAAACCAAAUAAUUCCCCAAGCCAUGGGCUCUAUCCGCCGGCGUCAGGAAUUUAAGAGCUUCACACCAAAGCGGUUUCGUUGUAUCCUGUUGCCAAGAUCUUGAACACCCUGCAUUUCAAAGUAUCUCAGUAGUAACUCAUUUUCAAAUCUAUAAAACUUCAGUACCCAUCCCCCGAAUAGUAAAAACUAGGAAACUUUGGAAGGGGUAGCUAAUACUCUGUUGGAUAGUCUAAUAUUCAAUCAAACCUACUUGUGCUUUGUUAAAAUCUAAACUAGAUUCUCUUCAGGGAAGAGCAUUUUUUGUACUGGUAGUAAAUGUUUGUUCCUGUACCACAUCUUGUAAUACUAACUAGUCCUCUUCUAAACUUCUAAUCAACUUGUAAUUUGAUUAUUACUACGUUGUUAUUACAUUGUUGUACAUUCUACUGCGAAUGCCAUAACUCUUUGCUUACAUAGGGUUGAUUUUCCGAUUUCAGUGUAGUUGUUUAAUGUUCUGGAAAAGAAAGUAACUCUUGAACAAAAGUUGAAAUUUACAUAAGAACUUGAGGGAGCUCCCGUGAAUGUUUGUGGUGGUUACCAAGGUCCAUUUUAAGUCACAGGAUCCCUAGUGAUGACAUGUUUGAAACCGAAUAGCUGUAGAUGCUUGCUUAAGUAAGAUAAAAAUCCAAACAAUAUUAGAUGUAAAAACAUGGCAACA